AUGGUUGCAACGCUCUCAGUCGGGGAUCCUGACGGGAGGCGGGGCCAAGAGAAAGGAAACAUGCGGCGGCACUUCGGUUUAUUUCAGAGUCUACGUCAAAGUUUGUCACGUCUUGUGCAUGUUCCAAAGCCGAAUCAAGCUCGCUCUUGGUGA